AUGCGCUUGGUCAUGCCGGGCUGUGUGGUUGACAUUCGCAAGAUGCCUUAUGUUCGACUGCUUCUUAUCGUCAUCGCUAUGGGGAUUUAUCUUACCAUGGGGGCAUCUGUGUUCCAAGCCCUGGAAAGACCAGUGGAAAGAGAGACCGAGAAGCGUAUUGCGAAGAUUAAAAAUGAUUUUCUUGUCGAACAUCCAUGUGUAACAGGCCAACUAAAUAGCAAUGAAAGGCCAAAAUACCCUCGUAUACAUUCGUAUGGGAGCAUGAGCUCGGCAAGAAGUGACGAUGAUAUGACAGUCCAUAGCCAAUUAUUUCCCUACCCGAAAAAAAUGAUAGUACCGAGAGAAAUUUUGUACGAGGAAGAACAUCCACCGUUCCAACCGCUAUUCGCUACUAGUAGGAUUUUCGGAAAAGCGAGAUUCACCUGCCUUUUAUCGAUUUACAUAAUCUUUUACAUCUCGUAUUUGCUGUCUGGUGCUUUAGUGUUUUCUGCUCUUGAGACUCCUUUAGAGAAUCAGGUUCUGCUGGAUGUCAUCCGAACUAAACAAGACUUCGUAACUAAAUAUCCUAACGUCAUGGCUGAAGAUUUGGAAGUGCUCCUGGAUGAAGUAGUUCGAGCUAGUAAUCGUGGAGUAUCUGCAUCAAGAAACGUGAGCGGUGGACCAAACUGGAGUUUCGGGCAAUCCCUUUUCUUUUCAUCCACCGUUGUUACUACUAUUGGCUAUGGUCACGUUACUCCACUGUCUAAGCCUGGCAAGUUGUUUUGUAUAGUCUAUGCACUUCUUGGUAUACCCCUGACUCUGGUGUUGCUAUCAGCUCUGGUGGAAAGACUUCUGCUACCAGCCACUGCCUUGCUGAGAUCAUUGAAUGCUGCUCUGGGCCAUUUGUAUCGACCCUUUACUAUACGUCUAGUUCAUCUCAUGAUCAUUGUCAUGAUCCUGGUAGUAUUCUUCCUAAUGAUUCCGGCCGCGAUUUUCGAUUCGCUUGAGCCGGAGUGGGACUACCUGGACUCCUUUUAUUACUGCUUCAUUUCCCUCACCACUAUCGGGCUUGGGGACUACAUACCUGGUGACUAUCCAGACCAGCCAUAUCGUCCCCUGUACAAGGUUGCUGCUACCUUUUAUCUAAUCAUCGGUUUGACGUUCUUGAUGUUAACGCUGACCGUCUUUUAUGAUAUACCGCAACUGAAUCUCAGCACCGUUUUCUCAUCAAUGAAGCUGGAUGAAGAUCCUGAGAAGAUGCGUUUAAGUGGUUCUGGAGUGAUGGGGCCUGGAUAUGGAAUUGGAGGUUUGGUGAUGAGAGAUGAUUAUAACCACCAUGACCAGCGACGUUCAGUGGUUCAUAUUCGACCUCAUUUGGAUGACAGCCCCAGCCCUGAGGACACUACACCAGUUCAUGCAAGGGAUAUCCGAGUACAUUAA